CUUCCAAUCUAUCAAUUCUCUACAGUGUCAUUUCUAUCAAAAAAGUGUCCGUCCUGUGGCAGUGUACAAAGACGGGAAUACCCUCAACCGCAGCGAGAAUCAUUACCAUGCCCAUCCGCCCCGCAACCGUCCCCCUCGCCCCAGCCCCAGCUCCCUCCCCAUCAGCUGCAUCCACUCCCAGUAACGCAAACUCACCCUACAACUACAACCACAAUUACAUCUCCACCACCUCCACCACUCCCCCCCAAGCAGCACACACCUGCAUCCACUGCGUGAAACGAAAAGUUAAAUGCGACCGGAAUCUUCCCACCUGCUCCAGCUGCAUCAAAGCUGCUAUUGAAUGUAUCUAUCAGACGCCUGCGCCGCGAGCGCGGAAGCGACGACGUCGACGGAGCGAUGAUAUGCAUGAGCGGUUGGCGCGGUAUGAGCGGUUACUCAAGGAGAAUGGGAUUGGGGUUGGGAUGUCACUGAGUGGUGGUGAUGACCAGGGGGUUGUGCCGCGGUCGGCGGAGCAAGCUCGGCCUCAAUCUCAAUCCGGUUCAACAGGGAAGAUGGGGAAGUUGUUGUCCGGGGAUGAUGGGAAGUCGCGGUAUAUCGACAGUAGUAUCUGGUUGAAUUCGGGGGAGGCGAAUAUGCAGAGUGUGUCGGAGGAUGACGAGGAGGAAGAGGAUGCGUCGGUGAAUGCGAGUGGGAUGGUGCAGGACCCGGUGUCCGGUGCUUUGGUGGGGGGGUCUCAGGAUCUGACUGCCUACCAUCCGUCUCAUUAUCAUGCGAUCAGGUUGUGGACAGCGCAUAUCCAGAACGUCGAGCCGCUUUGCAAGGUCCUGCAUAUCCCGACGACGGGGAAUAUGGUUGAGACUGUCUCGAGGAAUCCAAGCACAGCUACAAAAGCACAGGAGUGUCUCCUUUUUGCGAUAUACCACUUCGCCGUCUUCUCGCUCACAGACGAAGACUGCAUCCGGGACUUCGGACAGACCCGAUCUAUACUGUUAGCCAAGUACCAGAUGGCCCUGCGACAGGCGCUCGUCAACGCAUCCUGGCUCAAAACCACAGAGAUGCCGGUCAUGCAAGCGUUCAUCCUGUUUUUGAUCUCCGUCCGCACGCAGGCAGACCCGCACACGUUCUGGAUCUGGACCGGGGUGGCGGUGCGGAUUUCCCAGCGCAUGGGACUUCAUCGCGACGGGGAGAUUCUGGGUCUCCCGCCGUUUGAGGUGCAGAUGCGUCGACGGCUGUUCUGGCAGCUUCUCCCGCUAGACGGGUACGCGGGCCAGCUAUCCGGCACGGGGAUCUCCGUGGCGCCAGAUAGCUGGGACACGAAGCAGCCGCUGAAUAUCAAUGACGAUCAGAUCUACCCUGGGAUGACGCGGCAGCCGGAGGAGGUGCACGGUGCGACGGAGAUGAUUUUCUGUCUGACCAAGAAUGAGCUGUCGAAUCUGUAUACGCGCAAAGGGGUGCGGAUGAAGAAGGUUGGCGCGACGAUCCAGUUCCGCGAGAGUGCGGAGAUGGAACAUCUGAUUGAUGAGGUGGAGAGUACCAUCGAGACGAAAUAUCUCCGGUACUGCGAUAUUGUCAAUCCCCUCCACGUGCUGACGAUGGGAACGGUGAGGUCGGGCGCAAAUGCGGUCCGGCUCCGGAAUCGGAUGGGCGAGUUGACGAAGCUUUCUGUUUCCGAUUCGCAGAGGAGGGAGCUGUGUAGUCUGGCGCUGAGGAUCCUGGAGACGGAUUGCAUGUUGCACAAGAACCCCAUGACGAAGCGGUUUCUGUGGCACUAUAAGGCUUUUUUUCUCUGGGAUGCAUUGGUCUGUGUCUUGAGGAGUCUGGCCAAGUGCGGGUUCUUUGCUCGGUACGAGGUGGAUAGUAUCUGGGAGACGGUGGGCGAUGUCUAUCGGAAUCAUCUGGAGAUCCUGGAGGGGAAGCAGAUUCAUCAUAUUGCGGUGCGGAAAGCGACGCUUGACACUUGGGCUGCGAAUCCGCCAUUGGGUGCUGCUUCUGAGCCGGGUUUCAUUACCGGGCUGCGUGAGCUGCAGAGGAUGAAGGUUGCUCGACGUUUGGAGAAGACGGAAGAUAUCCCUACCCCUGACGGUCUGGAACAGAUAUCCUCGUUUGACAUGCUGUUUGGGGGGUUUAAUGGAGAGCGACCCUGGGAGACGGAUUGUAAUCUCAGCGGCGUGGAUUGGAUGUUCUUGGAACAAUUGUAAUUGUACUGUUUCAUUGACCUGAU